CGCUCCUGGUUAAAGUUGGCCUGCAGAUUUCAGCUUCGUUGGCUAACGAGCUGCAAAUUAACCACCACCUCGUCCUUGUCGCCAACCUUGUUUGGCUCGGAGUGGUUUGUUGAACCGAAACGUAAACAGACGUAUUGAUUGCGAUAUUACUGUCCAGUUUUCUGGAGCACGGUGGGCUGGCUUGUCAGUUAGAGGUUCGGCCAACGGCAGCUGGUCGGUUGCAAAGGUGUGAGCUGCGACGCGUGUUUAAAGGGCAACUUCAGAGGACGACGGUACAAGUGCUUAAUUUGUUACGACUAUGAUCUGUGCGCGUCAUGCUACGAAAGCGGUGCAACCACGACCAGACACACAACAGAACAUCCCAUGCAGUGUAUAUUAACAAGAGUUGACUUUGACCUGUACUAUGGUGGAGAAGCUUUCUCGGUGGAGCAGCCCCAGGCCUUCACCUGUCCCUACUGCGGCAGGAUGGGCUACACAGAGAUCUCCCUGCAGGAGCAUGUUGCUGCAGAGCACACAGAGACCUCCACAGAAGUGAUAUGCCCGAUAUGUGCAGCGCUGCCAGGUGGCGACCCAAAUCAUGUGACAGAUGACUUUGCUGCUCAUCUCACACUUGAACACAGAGCUCCGAGGGACUUGGACGAGUCCAGCGGUGUGCGGCACGUGAGGAGGAUGUUUCACCCCGGGCGCGGGUUGGGGGGCCCGCGAGCCCGCAGGUCUAACAUGCAUUUCACCAGCAGCACCACAGGGGGGCUCUCCACCAGUCAGAGUUCCUCACAGAGCUCUAACUACAGCAGAGAGGCCAUGGACCCCAUAGCAGAGCUCCUGUCCCAGUUGUCGGGGGUGCGGCGCUCGGCGGGCGGCCAGCUGAGCUCGGGUCCGUCGGCCUCGCAGCUCCAGCAGCUUCAGAUGCAGCUCCAGUUGGAGCGCCAGCAGGCCCAGGUGGCGCGCCAGCAGCUGGAGACGGCCCGGAACGCCAGCCGAGGGGGAGGCAGAGCCAACGCCAUCCUAAACACGAAUUCAACCGCUCCCAACCCCACCGCCAACCACGCCAACAACCCCAGCCCCCACCCGGGGCCCACUGAGCCCAACACGCAGCACACCGCACACAGCUCCCAGUUUCUACUCAGCAGGCUGAGCGAACCCCGGCUGUCUGAGGCCGAGCGGCAGGCGUGCGAGGCCCAGUGGGCCGACAGGAGCCUCUUCGUCACGGAGCUGCUGCUGUCCACGCUGCUGCCCGACGAGGACGCCUCGGCCUCCUCCUCCGAAGACGAGGACGAUUGUCACGGCUCGUUGCGGAACUUCGCCGACUUCGAGGCCAUGGGCUGCGUCGAGGUCAUGACGUUGGACGUGGCGCUGGAGAACCUCAACCUCAAGGAGACGAGCCCCGCCCCGAGGAAGACGAAACCGACGACUAAAACGGCCCCCGCCAAGAAAGAGCCCCCCGCGCCGCCCCUUUGAUGACAUGGCCCAGUCCCUCCCCACCCUUCAAUCACCAUUGUGACUAGCUGACUGCUCAGUCGGGCCAACUGCCAAUGGAUGACAAAAGACUUGCAGUUCUUCUUGGCUUUUUUUUUUUUUUUUUUUUUCGUUUUCGUUUUUGUUUUUCUCAGUGAUUGUCAUUUCAGCUCUGUCGCUCCCCCAACUCCACCCCAUGUUUUACGUUGUGUACAUUGAAUAAAAGUAGUGACGAGAGAAUGUGAAGGCAAGCAAGCAAAGCGUGUCGGGUGCGUGAGAAAAGAAGAGAACUAUAUAAAUAUAUUAUUAAAGAAAAAAAAAUUCUAUAUGAAAGUUGAUAAUCAGUCCCACAUAACCCGCGUUUCCUCUAGCAGAAAGCGUAGUCCGCAGUUUUUUUUUUCCCCAGAGGCAAAAGUCGUCAUACACUCACAGAGGGAGAGGAGGCCGACCGUAACCCCCUCCGCUUAAUAAAAGAGAAGAAAAAAAAAAGCUGCUGUGUAUUUAUAGAUAUAAACUAAAGUGCUUGGAUGGUUUACCACAACUUAAGCAUGAGCUUAAAUCACCAUGUGCCCAUUUUAAAACUGCACAGUCACCAGACGGGGAGGUCUUUCUCUUGUUGGGACACCUGAGUAACUUUAAACUGUUUCGGUGCCGAGCGCUGCUCCACCACACACACACACACACACACACACUCUCACACACAGACUGUUUGGUUAACCCCUGCGUCAAAAGUCUCAAGCCCCUCCCCUUCGUGUGACGCCACCUGUUUUUUUUUUUUUUUGGGGGGUCAUGUGACCUGGCUUUAUAUCGACUGUGGGCACUUUGGUUUUGAAUUUGCAUAUCCGGUGUCCACUUGUGUACACUACAGAUGUUCUGCACAGAAGCGACACAGCUCUGAGGCGAAAAGAGAUGAAGCCAUCUCUCGGUUGUGACCGUUUUCAGGCCUUUUUCUAACAGAAGGAACACGAGCCCUGGUCUCUUCAUACGUUUGUUUUCUCUCUCUCUCUCUCUAUCCUCUUUUUGUCUUUUACAGGAGAUCAGAUGCUUCUUUCUCCAGCUUCCUGUGUUCUGAAAUUAAUCUCAUGAAUACAAAGAUUUACUCAUGCGACUCGGAGGAGAGGAUCCUGUAAUGCUCUUUCCGUCAACCUCUCCCGAGUCCGUAAAGAUCUCUGUAUUGCCUCCACUGCUAAACGGAAGAAAUGCAAUGUAUGUUUUUUGGCUUACGGGAAGAGCCAAAUGACAGGGUAAACCUUUUUAGUUUGGAGGACAAUAAAAAUGUUUUUGGAUGGAAAAGAACUAACCCAAAUCCUGCUGUCUGGUUAUUUUGGGGUUGUUUUUAUUUUUUUCUCCACUCCCCCCCAGUUGCCAGCUUUCCUGGCGAGCAUGUACAGAAUAACGGUAUUAAAAAAAAAAAUAAACACCUACCUUCCAGGUCGAGUUCA